AUGAUAGUUGCAGGACCACGCGCCAGACAUCCUCAAGCCGGCCUAGACUUGUGCUAUGUGACCGAUUACAUCGUCGUCACUUCAGGUCCUAGCGGAGUCUGGCCAAAGAAGGCAUAUCGAAAUCCUUUAGAUCAACUGGUGGCAUGGUUGGAUCGCAAACAUGGGCAAGAUUGGACAAUAUUCGAGUUUCGAGCAGAAGGAACAGGAUAUCCAGACUCCGAGGUGUACGGCAGGAUUCACCAUUUUCCAUGGCCUGAUCACCACCCUCCGCCUUUUGCGGUCAUGCCAAAUCUCAUGGCCGCCAUGCGCAAUUGGAUCCAACGAUUAGACGAGGCAGGCGUUAAUGAUACCGAGAAGAAAUCAAAAAGAGUGGCUGUUGUACACUGCAAAGCUGGCAAAGGGCGGAGUGGCACUGUCGCGUGCUCCUACCUGAUCAGCGAGGAAGGCUGGAAGAGAGAAGAUGCUCUGCAGCGCUUCACCGAAAGACGUAUGCGCACUGGUUUCGGGCAGGGAGUAAGCAUACCAAGUCAGCUGAGAUACGUCGGUUAUGUGGAUCGUUGGACAAACAGUAUGGGCAAAACGUACGUCGAACGCCCGGUAGAAAUACUGGAGGUCCACAUCUGGGGUCUAAGAGAUGGUGUGAAAGCGGCGAUCAGGGGCUUUGUCGACCACGGCAAGAAGAUACGUCAGUUCCAUACCUUUACCCGCGAGGAGAAGCAUAUCGUCGAUGGAGGCGAUAUAACCUCCAAGAAAACACACCUAUCAGACUUGAAGAAGGAGUCCAACGUUCUCAGCACUCCUGAUCACGUCACACCGAACUCUUCCACCUUCAGCUUAAACAGCCCAGCCAGCAAUACUCAGACAGUCAUUCUCAAGCCUUCUAAGCCAGUGAUAUUACCGACCAGCGAUGUCAACAUCGAUUUUGAACGACGGAACAAAGCCACUGCGGGCUUCACUAUGGUCACUAGUAUCGCCCAUGUAUGGUUCAAUUGCUACUUUGAGGGCGGGUACGAAGGUCACGAUUCUGGUGUCUUUGCCAUCGAAUGGGAAGCUAUGGACGGCAUCAAGGGAAGCUAUCGAAAGGGCACCACGUCUUUGGACAGGCUGAAAGUAGUCUGGAGGUACGCAACGACGGACGGAGAUGCUGCACCUCUUGAGCAAGUCAUCACCGAGCCUGCAAAGGGUGAACCUGUACCUGAAGUUUCGCCUCCCAAUUGGCGUGGCGAAGAAGACCCAGAGAGCAAGCCUACCGAUGGCUUUGACAGUGGCCGAUCUGGAGGCUCAGCAAUCACAAUGGGUGCCAUGAUCAAUUCUGGCGCCGAGUCACUGGGCAAAGAGUUGGGUUUGAGGAAGUCGCGACCGGACUCAGCCAACGUUAGCCGAGCGUCGAGUAUCAAGAAGGAGGAUCAUGAGGAGACCCCUGCCUGUGCGAGCGCAGAUGUGAAGGAGGCACAAGCAUAUGACUCCAGUGAAGAAGGUGUCAAAACGUAUGGUGUACAAGAAGAAAACGAAGCAAGGCAGGAUACCAAAGUUGGGCAUGCGAUGGAGACUGGCCUGGCCAAAGCCGCUCAUGUCGUGUCGAAGAUGAAGCGUGACGGUCACGAUGGUGAUCACCAAGGCUGAGCGGAGCCAAGAGCAUCUGGCAUGGAGUUUAUGGUGCAUAGCAUUGAUACCCCCGUUAACGUUGAGAGGCAUUGAUGAUAUACGCAUCGCACCCCAAAGAACGCGCUUAAGUUUAUGAGCCGAGGAGAAUCCGGUCCUUUUUCUCGGGGCACAUCAAACCGAGUUCCAGGCGAGGUCCAGCGGGCCAUGUGCCAAGUCCACCAAGCUGUACCACCUACGUACCUAGGUAGUGUUGCUCCCCAGGAUAAUCACGCUGAUUUUCUUGUUUUCGUUGUGCAUAUUUCGUGGUUGCAGCUGCAUUGCUGACCGCUGAACGUGACAGCACGAGCGACACAUG